AUGUCAAAGGAUCAUAUCAUAAAGAUCUAUGAGGAUGAACCAGUUCUUCAGGCGUUCAAGCUGAUGAGGAGAAAGAGAAUCGGAGGCAUACCCAUCGUUGAAAUGAAAAGUGAGAAGCCAGUAGGCAACAUAAGCAUUAGAGAUGUUCACUUUCUCCUCACUGCACCAGAUAUUUACCAUGACUACAGUUUACUCGUGGUGAAUCACAAUGAAGAACUUCUUAGUGGCAGUGAGAGAGCAUCGUGGGGAUACAUCAGCACCUAUGAUGAGUGGUGUCAUCGCUUGCACAAAGAACCAUACGCUAAAGGAACUGAUCUUGAUGCUAGACGCCGAGAAGAUCCAUAG